GUUGCGUUCACGUUAUGUAAUGAUGAAUGCAUAGAACAGUAUAAAACCACAUUUGUCGUUCUGGAUUUUGUAUGAACUGUUAUUGAAUGACCGCAACAAUGUCUUUUAGCAGAAUAAUCAUACGAUCAUUCUCGUGCAGCUCUGCUGUCCAGCAAAUGGUUAAGCCUCCAGUCCAAGUAUUUGGAUUAGAAGGACGAUACGCUACAGCACUUUAUUCUGCAGCUUCAAAGCAAAAAACACUGAACAAUGUUGAAAAAGAUCUUAGUAAAUUCCAAGAUGUCAUAAAACAAGAUCAAAAGCUGAAUGAAUUUGUGAAGAAUCCAUCGAUUAAACGAAGAGAAAAAGUAGAAGCACUUAAGGCUAUCACCAAUAAAAUGAGUCUCUCUAAAGAAACUGGAAAUCUGUUAAGUUUAAUGGCAGAAAAUGGCAGGCUUCAGAAAGUGAACAAUGUAAUCAAUACAUUCAAAUUAUUAAUGGCUGCCGGCAGAGGCGAGGUUGUUUGCGAAGUUAUUACUGCAAAACCACUCGAUGCCGAUACGAAAUCUAAGCUUGAAUCAGCAUUGAAGGGAUUCUUAAACAAAGGUGAAACUAUUCUACUUACCGCAAAAGUUGAUCCCACCAUCCUUGGGGGAAUGGUUGUAUCAAUAGGUGACAAAUAUGUAGAUAUGAGCGUUGCCAGUAAAAUUAAAAGAUACAGCGAUGUUAUUACCGCAGCCGCGUGAUCACAUUUUACAAUAUUCAGUAAAGUGAGAGAAGAUAACAUACUCAUAUAGACGUUCACGAGAAAAUGUAUAUCGUAAAACAAUAAAUUAUUCCAAAUCAAAUUAUUCCUAUUAA